AUGACGGUUGUGGUGGCACUCUCAUGGUGGUGGUUGCCGGUGGUAGAUCUUGAAAGAGAUGCAGAUGAUGAUGAUUUGUUGCCGAAAUACAACAAUGUGCCGUGCAUAGAGGAGGAAGGCCCGAACCGGCAGUUCAUGGGUGGUACCUUGCAAGGCGUUGCGCGAUUGGCGGUUUUCACGUUUAAUACAGAUGAGAUUCUUGAAUAUCAAGUGUUCAUUAAGGCCAAUAGGCUUUCACCGUUUGAUCUUGCCGCUAGUUGGAGAGCUUAUCUUGCCUUUAAUGGCUCUUCAACCAGUUUGGACCUUGAUCUUGAACAAUAUUUAGUUCCGGCCCCUGCAACUUCUGUCGUUUACGCUGCUAAUUUGACCGAGACUCCACGAUCUCUUAAAAAAGGUGGAGCGUUUUCCAGUGCUGACGGAAUGGAAGUUGUUAUCCCGGACCCACCUAAGCUGUUUCAUCCACCUGACAUGGUUGAAUCCAAAUCUGUGGGUACAAUCUCACCAAUACAAAAACAAGAUAGUUAUAAAGCGGUUUACGUGGAUAGAGGCGUGGGGUCACCUCGAAAAGCGAGCAACGUUAUCCACGGGCUGAAUUUGGAUGGAAGGUGGGUGUCGAAACCAUCUUUGGUUAAAAAGGGGAUAUUUAAUUUUUUCAGAAAUAAAUUCGUUGAACCUUUUAAGGAUCGCCCUCGUUUGAUUUGUCACGACAUUAACCGUAUUUCGGAAACUGAGGCGUCGGAUUUGGAGGCGAAUUUUUCUAGACAAGAAUUAAAAGAUGCGGUCUUUGAGUGUGGGGAUGACCGGGCCCCGGGCCCUGACGGUUUUAAUUUCCGCUUCGUUAAGCGCUAUUGGAAUUUAUUAGAGGAGGAUUUUUUUAAAAUCUUGUCUACCUUUUUCGAAUCUGGUGAGAUAAGUAUGGGGUGUGGUUCCUCGUUUAUUGCCCUCAUCCCGAAGGUUAAGGACCCGCUCUCUUUAAAAGACUAUCGGCCUAUCAGUUUGGUGGGCAUUGUUAACAAAGUCAUCUCGAAAGUUUUGGCCAAUAGACUCAAAAAGGUGUUAAAUUCUGUCAUCUCGUCCUCUCAGUCUGCAUUUCUCGGCGGUAGAUAUAUCUUGGAUGGUCCUCUUGUUGUUAAUGAGAUCCAUAACUGGAUUGAGAAGAAUAAGAAAAAGGCAUUUUUUCUUAAGAUCGACUUCGAUAAAGCUUAUGAUAAUGUUAACUGGAACUUCAUCAUUGAUAUUCUUGCUCAAAUGGGUUUUCCUAGUAGAUGGUGUAGAUGGAUCAGGGGGAUUAUUUCUUCUGCUAGAGCGUCGGUUUUGGUGAAUGGUGCUACUACGUUCGAAUUCAAAUGUGACAAAGGUAUGCGUCAAGGAGAUCCGAUUUCCCCUUUUUUGUUUCUUAUUGUCAUGGAAGCCCUUUCUUGUAUGAUUAAUAAGGCGAUCGGGUUGGGAAUUGUGAAAGGAGUGGAUCUUCCGAAUGAUGGUCCUUUGGUUUCCCAUUUGUUCUAUGCCGACGAUGCUAUUAUUAUAGGGGAAUGGAGUAGGGAAAAUAUUAUCAAUGUAGUGAGAAUUCUCAAGUGCUUUCAUGCCUGCUCCGGUCUCCAGAUUAGUUUCAGCAAAUCCAAUCUUUUUGGGCUUGGGGUGAGUCAUGGGGAGGUGGAAGACUUGGCUGUGUUAGUUGGGUGCAAAGCCGAUAAAUUUCCUUUUAAGUAUCUUGGAUUAACAGUGGGGGCCAAUAUGAAUCGAAUUAAAAAUUGGAGACCGGUGUUUGAUAUCUUUGAGAGGCGGCUUUCUUUAUGGAAAGCGUCUUUCCUUUCUAUUGGCGGGAGACUGACGCUGAUUCGAUCCGUUCUCGAAAGUCUUCCUACCUAUUUUUUGUCGCUUUAUAAGGCUCCUGUUAAAGUGAUUGCGGACCUGGAAGGAAUUAUUAGGAGAUUUUUAUGGGCUGGAUCCGCUAUUGAUAAGAAAAUUCAUUGGGUUGCGUGGGACAGGGUGGCUUCUCCGGUGAAGAUGGGUGGUUUGGGUCUCCAUAAAUUGAAAGACAUUAAUGUAGCGUUGAUGGCUAAAUGGGGUUGGAGAUUCAAAACGGAGAAAGAUAACCUGUGGGUUGGCGUGAUUAAGGCCCUUCACUCGGGAGGGUCUGGCUGGGAUUUUCUUCCGUUAAAAAAGACUCUCGGUGGUGUUUGGGGGAACAUAGUUUCUACUAUUAAUCGACCUAUGCUGGAUGGUUUAGCGAUAAGUAACCUUUUUAAAGGAGUGGUUGGCAGUGGGGAAAGCAUUAUGUUUUGGUUGGAUCCCUGGUUAUUUGAAGUUCCUUUGAAAUAUAAAUUUCCAUCCUUGUUCCAGCUUGAGGUGGUUAAGUCUUGUAGUGUUCGUGAUAGACUUGAAGGGGAAGGUUUAUGGCUGUGGAAAAACGACCCGGUGUCCGCAACCGAAAGUAACGAAUGGGAAUUGCUUGUUGCAGCCCUUCGUGAUGUUUUUCUGUCUAACAGGCCUGAUAAGUGGGAGUGGGUCGGUAACGAUUCAGAAGGGUUCUCAGUGGCGGCUGUUAAGAGGUCCAUUGACUCGAAGAAUGACUAUAGUAAUCGCUUUGUUUUUGAUUGGUGUAAAUGGGUCCCUCUCAAAUGCAAUAUCCUGGUUUGGCGUGCGGAGAUGGAUAGGAUUCCGACGGUAGAAGCUUUGGUGAGAAGGGGUAUGGUGAUCGAAGAUGAUAUGUGUAAGUAUUGUGGCUCCGGCUUGGAUUCGGUUGAUCACAUUAUGACGGCUUGUCCGCUGGCUUUGGGGUUAUGGGAGAAGAUUUCUCUGUGGUGUCGGGUUAGGAACUUUUUUAUUUUCUCUUUCCGUGAUUUGCUUGCCAUUCAUGACCAUGAGAAUAGGAGGAGGACGGAGAAAGAGGCUUUAAAAGGUAUCGUUAUCGUUUCUUGUUGGUUUUUGUGGAAGGCCAGAAAUGAUCUUAGAUUCAGUGGGAAAAGAAGAGGAGUUGAAGAUGUCUUUAGUGAUGUUAGAUCGGCUAGUUUCAGUUGGUAUAAAUAUAGGGCUAAGAAAGGUUCUUGUGAGUGGAGGGAUUGGUGUAAAUUUGUUAAUAUGUAG